AAAUAGAUGUGAAAUGGACGAGGAAUCAUUCAGGAAGGAGCUUUACCACUCCUUCGCAGCCAAGGGACUGCCUGAUGUUCUCAAGCUUCACAUGCGGAAUUCAUUGGUGAAGAACCUGCAAAAGGGGACAUACGAGCAGAGAAAACCGAAGAAUGAUCUCUCGGCUACUCUAAGUCAGAAAAUAGCAGACAAACUUGUAUACAGACACUUGCAUAAGAGUCAAUACAAAUACACAUUAUCAUUGUUUGCACCAGAAGCUGCUCUUUCGGCGGCAGAUUUAUCCUCUAGCUUAGAAGAGAUUUUACAACUACUCAAUGUGCAUCCAGGUUCAAUUGCCUUCAGAAAAAUAAAAGAAGUGCUGGUCUCUGGUGGAGACGAUGGAAGUGAUCUGUGGGUAGUCAUCAAGUGUCUCCUUAUGUGCUUCGGGGCUGAUCCGGACUCAUCUGGGACACGCUCUGUGUCAAUCCAAACUGGAUCAUCAGUGUUUGACAAGAGUAGCGCCCUCACAUUCUCUGACAAGAUGCGUGCCAUCGACGAAGAGUUCGAGGAGCGUGAGAGGGCGAACGAGAGAAGUCUAGCAGAGAGACUGACGGAGAUGGGCAGACAGAUGGAGAUGAGGUAUGAAGAGAGAUUGAACGAGGAGAUGAGUAGAGUGAGGGAGAGAGAAGUGACUCAAGUGAGGCUGGAGUUGGAGGAGAGGAUGAGACAGCAGACGGCCACUAUCAAAGCACAGCUAGAGUGCAAAUACGAGGAACGUCUUCUAGCUCUGCAGAAGAGAGAGGAAGCUAAUCUAGAAAGUACUCGAGUGAAGACGCAGACGAUAGAGAAGGAAGCAUAUCAUAAGAGACAGUUUCUACUCGAACAAGUGGAGUCCAUUCGCAAAAGGGAGAUUGCACUCAAUAGACAGGCUGAUCUGCAGCAGAGAAACAUUUCUCUGAUGGAAGCCAAAGUGGCAGAAGCUGAGAAGGCACUGGAGAUGAGAGAGAGGGCAGUGCAACAACUGGAGACCCAUUAUGACACGAGACUGAGUCAAGGCGAGAAGAGGAUCCGAGAAGAGAUCAGAAGUGAGUAUGUGUCGAGAGUGUCGGCAGUGGAGCACGAGGAAGAGAGAUUGAAGAAACAGAAAGCGGAAAUAGAGGCAUCUGCUGAAAAGUUACGCAGACUCCACGAAAUUGAGUUGAAGAUGGAGCAUUUGAGAGUGGAGCUGGACAGUGCUCUGAGGCAGAAUGAACUCAACCAGGCCAGACUGGACGAGACGUCAGACUACCACAAAUUGCGCCAGGAGAACAUCUACCUCACCGAGGAGGUGGAGACUCUGAAGAGAAACUUGGACCAGGUGCUCACUGCCUCCACAAGACUCAACACCGAUCGAAAUCUGAUGUCCAAGGCCCUCUCAGAACAAGGACCCUCUCUGCUGGGAUCAUACGCCUCUGCCAGAAGACAAAAUGUGGCAGCCAGCUCUUCGCGAAUAGUACCACCACUCAACAUAGACCACGAAACUCAAAGGCAGCCAUUUUAUCCUUCUGUCGGAGAAAAUGUAGUGGACGCCCAUACAUCUGCCAUAGUGCGACAGAUGGCAACUGAAUUGGCACAGCUGAAAUUGCAGCUCAACACACAGCAGCAGCAAACGUCGAACAUACCGGCUAGUCAGGAUCCUGCAGCUCCUAUCACAGCAGUAAGAAAUACCCACAAUGACUCAACUAUUCUACACGAUGACCUCCCGGAUGUCUCAACAUCUUCCGGAGGAGACGAAGACUUUUUGACAGCACACCGGGUAGUGGCUGGCUACUCAACGAUGUUCCGAAAGCAGAAGGACGCGAUGUCUUUCGGAGGACUGCAGUUCCUAGCGGAUAGCAGAAGCACUAUGCAGAAUCUAGCAAAUGAAGCAGAUCACUUGGAAACCCGCUACAAGAGCUAUUCGGAGCGCAUAUCGAUGUUGGCACAAGAGACCUACAAAUUGCCAACGCUACAGCAGGAAAGACGACCAGCUCAGGAAAUCGGAGCAUCAACUACCACAAUACUAGCUGACAGAGGAGCAAACCAACCCUUGGUCAAUGCAAUUGCUGAAAAUGUGCCACAGAGUCGAGUAGCAAAUACUUCAGUGGCGAGUCACGACAUUUUUCCAGAACGCCAAGCAGAUGUCACCAAAGCACAUGCAUCUGAGGUCAUUUAUGAUAGCAAGCACGACAUUUUCGAUAUUGAUCAAGUCCUAAAGAGCGCUGAAGAUGAUUUAUAUCUAGAGAAACAAUCUAUUGCCGGACUGGGAAAGAAUGCACUGGCUGCUGCCAGAGUUGAGCAAAAUGAUCAGUUCAGUAUUGGACAUGAAAGUGAAAAGAAAGAUAACCUAGCCUCUGCGUUCAAAGCCACAUUGCAAGAUAUAAGUCAAAAUCAGUCGAAUCAAGAAGAUUCUGAUCGACUUCUUGCCAGAAGCUCUGAUGCUGGUCGUCAAGAUGUGCUUCGUGGUGAUGAUUCUUUUGAACUGCAAACUUCUCUGCCCGUUAAACCGAGUGACGGAUCAAAAACUGCUGAGAAAGAUUUAGCUGAAGUGGAAGAAGGCGUCGAGGAAGCAUUGGAAGAUAGCUACUCUGAUGAUCUGGAAGACGAUGAAUCUGAAAAUAACGAAGAAGACUUAGAUGUUAAGCCAGGCAUCAAUUUAGUGUCAAAUAAGAAUGUUCUAGAAAAUUCACAUGACGUGCAUGCUGGCGGAGACGUUCCAGGGCCUUCACUAGCGCCAGUAGUUGAUAUGAAUAAGUCACUGGAGUUGAAAGCUAAAGAGCCAGCACCUGAAGAUCAAAAACGAAUGUCAUUCAGAAAUGUCUUUGCGUAUUCGGAUUCAUUUCUAGACGAUGAUGAAGAAAACCAGCGAGAAAAGAGGAAAAAGAAAGAUGACAUAUUUUCUGACAGUGAUGACAACGCGGGUUCUAUUAAGCCAAUUGGUUCCAGGAACUUUCAAGAUUCAUUCGACGAUUUCGGAAUCGAAGACUAUGACGACCCUGUGCAAGUCGAAGCGCCUUCUUUCGAAAAACAAACUUCAGCUCCAUUAGACGAUGGAUCAGAAGAGUCUUUUUAGAGUUGUAAUCUACCUGACCGGUGAACAGAUUCAUUGUAUUAUAUUUGUAAAUAGUGUACAUAGUCGUUUUCGUUAAUGUGGAUUGAUAAAUUUGAAUGAGUUAAUCAAGAAUUACUAUUAUUGAAUACAAUUUUUGUUGAGCUUCAUUGUCCAAAUUGUUCAAAUCCUGAAAUCAGCGAAAUUUUCCUGGCUUGA